AUGGGAGGAGAAUCCAGUUUUUCAGCUGUUGCAUCACCAGUCUUCGAUGGAGACAAUUAUCAAAUGUGGGCAGUUCAUAUGGAGACUUAUUUGGAGGCCCUGGAUCUUUGGGAAGCAAUAGAAGAGGAUUACGAGGUCCCUCCACUUCCAGCAAAUCCUACUGCAGCAAAAAUCAAAUUACAGAAGGAUUAUCUCAAGGCUGAAUAUAAAGAAGAUGAGAGGAUUCGUGGAAUGAAAGUCCUGAAUUUGAUUAGGAAUUUCGAGUUGCAGAAGAUAAAGGAGUCAGAGUCGGUGAAAGAGUACUCUGGCAGACUUCUCAGCAUCACCAACAAGGUGAGAUUGCUUGGUUCUAUAUUAAAUGAUUCCAGGAUUGUUGAAAAGCUGCUGGUCACUGUUCUAGAGAAGUUUGAAGCCACCAUUACUACUCUGGAGAACACCAAAGACCUGUCAAAGAUAGAAGUUUGA